CCUUCCACCUGGUUUAAGGGCCACAGAGGUACCUUAAAUAGAAAUAGCUGACUCAUUAACCCUUUCAGUCUUGCUGGACAGAUUUGCCACCCCCCCCCCCCUUCGGGAUCAAUUUCCUUGGGGCCUUAGGAGACUUCUGAGUAUGUGUGUGAGGGGAGUGUCCUUCCUCCUUGCUUCUCUCCAGUUAGGCAGUUAUUGCCAACAGCUGGGUGUGAGGGGAGCAAGAGAGAGGGGGCUUUUCACUAUUCCCACCUCACUUAAGUGGAUCUGGAAAGCCAAGGUGUUCUGCUAAUGACACCGAGGGGUCCUUAUCUCAGACCUCCCCCCCUCUCCAUUUUGCUUCAGGCAGGAUCUAUUUACAGAUGGUUUCUGCAUCCUAACGGUGCCCCCUAUUCUAAACCUGGGCCCCCUGAAACAAACUGUCCCAGAUUAGACAUCCUAGGUCACAGGAUCCAGCAAAUGUACUCUAGAAGCUCCCUCCUGGCCAUGCAACUGAUAUCUCAUGCUGAUCACAUUCUGUUUAUGUGACCUAUCCAUACACUUCCUUUCACACUCUCCUAUCAUAGAUCUAUGGUAUUGUAUACACACAAUGCUCUGUCUAAUGCUGUGUGACUUUGGACAAAAUCUUUUUUUUUUUUUAAUCCCUGAGUCUUGUAUGUAGGAGGGGCAUAAUAAAUGUUUAUUUUGAAUUGAGGUGAUUUCAAGUCACCCAACCUCUUUGAGGCCCAGGUUCCCUAUCUGAGGAAUGGGGAUAACUACAUGAAUUGCCUACCAAUGUUGCAUGUAAGGCAAUUUAUAAACGGGAAAGAUUGCACACACAUAUAGCUAUAUAGUAUAUUCCUAGUAUCUUAUAUGAAAUAAACUGUACCUUUCUGUUCUAGCUUCCUCCACUGUGACUGCCAGGGACUGAAUAAUAAUAAUAGAUAACGUUUAUGUAGCACUUACUUUGUGCCAGGCACUGUGUUAAGCCCUUUACAGUGAUGAUCUUAUUUGAUCCUCACCACCACCCUGGGAGGGAGGUACUAUUAUUAGCUACACGUUAAAGAUGAGGAAAGGAGAGAAUAAGUGACCAAGUACUCAGGGUCUUGUAGCUAGUAAGUAUCUGAAGCAGGACUCAAACUCAGCUCUUCCUGACCCAAAGUCUAGCAUUCUAUACUACUGUGUCACCUAGCUGCCCUAAGGUGGUGAAGGUUAGCCCUGGGGAGAGAGAAGGGCUGGAGUUAGAAAUGGAAGGAUGUCCAGUGGGGGCAGAGCUGAAGGCUAGCUGGCUGAUUAUGAGAGGGAUGUAGAGAGGAGCGCAACAGCCAUUCAUGAGUUGGCCCCUGACUGGCUUGGGUCAGGACUUCAGGGUCCUGCCCUUAGCUCUGCUGGACUUUGCCCCUGGGGCUGCCACAGGAAAGAAUGGGAGGAUGAGACUUUGGCCUGCCCUGGAACUUAGAGAGCUGCCCCUGCUGGGGCUGGGGAGGAAAGUCUUAGCUCCUAUGUGGUUAUCUGUACUGAAAAAGAGGGACUAAAUGCUUGUUUUUUCAGGAUUCGUGUGCCCUUCUCUUUAUCGGACCCAGCAAGGCCACUCUGCCCUACCACACAGAGACCAGAAGGAAAGACAGCCUCAUGCCUGAGCCUCGGACAGUGCCAUGGAUCUGACAAAGAUGGGCAUGAUCCAGUUGCAGAACCCCAGCCACCCCACGGGGCUGCUGUGCAAAGCCAACCAGAUGCGGUUGGCAGGGACCCUGUGUGACGUGGUCAUCAUGGUGGACAGUCAAGAGUUCCACGCUCACCGCACAGUCCUGGCCUGCACAAGCAAGAUGUUUGAGAUCCUCUUUCACCGAAACAGCCAGCACUACACCUUGGACUUUCUGUCGCCAAAGACCUUCCAGCAGAUCCUGGAAUAUGCCUACACGGCCACUCUCCAAGCCAAGGCGGAGGACCUGGAUGACCUGCUCUAUGCGGCCGAGAUCCUGGAGAUCGAGUACUUGGAAGAGCAGUGUCUGAAGAUCCUGGAGACCAUCCAGGCAUCGGACGACAAUGACACAGAGACCACCAUGGCAGACGGUGGCGCCGAGGAGGAGGAGGACCGAAAGGCGAGGUACCUCAAGAAUAUCUUUAUCUCAAAGCAUUCCAUCGAGGACAGCGGGUACGCCGGGGUGGCCGGGCAGCACCUCCCAGGAGCCUUGGCAGAGCAGAACCCCUCCGUGUCCACCUCUUUUGGCCUCGCGGCCAUGAGUCCCACCAAGGCCGCCGUGGACAGCCUGAUGAGCAUUGGGCAGUCUCUCCUCCAGGGAGCCCUGCAGCCCCCCGGGGUCCCCGACGAUUCCGGCCUGGCCAGCGUCGGGCGGCACCCUGGAGUGGCCGAGGUCAAGACCGAGAUGAUGCAGGUCGAUGAAGCUCCCGGGCAGGAUAGCCCAGGGGCAGCCGAGUCCAGUACCUCGGGCGGUGUCGGGGACAAGGCUGAGGAGAGGAGCAAGGAUGGCCCCGGGACGCCUACCAGGAGCAGCGUCAUCACCAGCGCUCGGGAGCUGCACUACGGCCGGGAGGAGAGUACCGAGCAGCCGUCGCUCCCCGCCGAAGCCAGCCAGGGCGCCCCUGGCCGGCCCGAGCACUCCGUGGCCUCGGCCGAGAAGCACCUGGGCAUCUAUUCUGUUCUUCCCAAUCACAAGGCGGACUCGGUGCUGAGCAUGCCAUCUUCCAUGACCUCGACCCUGCACAUGCAGCCGGCGGCCCUGGCUGUCUCCAUGGACUUUAGCACCUAUGGCGGGCUGUUGCCACAGGGCUUCAUCCAGAGGGAGCUCUUUAGCAAACUAGGCGAGUUGGCUGUGGGCAUGAAGACGGAGAACCGGGCCAUGGGGGAGCAGUGCAGCGUCUGUGGGGCUGAACUUCCAGAUAAUGAUGCUGUGGAACAGCACAGGAAGCUACACAGCGGGAUGAAGACGUAUGGGUGUGAGCUGUGUGGAAAGAGGUUCCUAGAUAGUUUACGACUGAGAAUGCACUUACUGGCUCAUUCAGCUGGUGCCAAAGCCUUCGUCUGUGAUCAGUGUGGUGCCCAGUUCUCCAAGGAAGAUGCGCUGGAGACACACCGACAAACACACACAGGCACUGACAUGGCUGUCUUCUGUCUACUGUGCGGGAAGCGCUUCCAGACUCAGAGCGCACUCCAGCAGCACAUGGAGGUCCACGCAGGUGUACGCAGCUACAUCUGCAGUGAGUGCAACCGCACCUUCCCCAGCCACACGGCUCUCAAGCGCCACCUUCGCUCACACACAGGUGACCACCCAUACGAAUGCGAGUUCUGUGGCAGCUGUUUCCGGGAUGAGAGUACGCUCAAGAGCCAUAAGCGUAUCCACACAGGGGAAAAACCCUAUGAGUGCAACGGCUGUGGAAAGAAGUUUAGCCUCAAGCACCAGUUGGAGACCCACUAUAGGGUGCAUACAGGUGAGAAGCCCUUUGAGUGCAAGCUCUGUCACCAGCGUUCCCGGGACUACUCAGCUAUGAUUAAACACCUGAGAACACACAAUGGAGCCUCCCCCUACCAGUGUACCAUCUGCACCGAAUACUGCCCCAGCCUCUCAUCCAUGCAGAAGCACAUGAAGGGCCACAAGCCUGAGGAGAUCCCACCUGACUGGAGGAUUGAGAAGACUUACCUCUACCUGUGUUAUGUGUGAAAGGGGCUGCCGGGGAGGAGGAAGAGGAGGAAAUGGAAGGUUUUAAGAGAGAGAGAGAGAGAGAGAUGAAAUCAUUGAAGGACUACACACACACACACACACACACACACACACACACACACACACACACACACACACACACACACGAGGGAAAGAAGAAAAAGAGGACUGGGUUUAUGACUAUAUUUGACCUUGAUGUCUAUACAAGAUUCUCUCUUGGGGCUCAUGCCAGGGGGCUAGACGCCCCAGGUCACCGGUGUGGCCCACUCUGGGACAGUCUAAGUACUUUUCAUGGGGGGCAGGGUGUGUGUUUUAUUCUGCUUUGUUGGUGUUUUUGUGUUCUUCCCUGUCACCCUUGCCUUGAAUCCUUCUUCCUUUGACCAGGAGCCAAGUUUAGUGGGAGUGGGAUACAUCUGAACAGAGCUAGGCAGGCUUAUUGAUCUCUACAUAACCACUGUCUUAACUCCCCUCAGACAGCGGUUGCUGGGUGGGAGGCUUCAAAUCUGGAGUUGGGGGUGUCAGGGGAGACAGUAUAGAUGGAUUUUGUCAUCUGCUGUAAAAUAACAAUGCUAGUUGGCUAGGGUCCUGCCGCUUCCCCCAGGCAACACAUAUUCAUUCUCUCUCUCUCUCUCUCUCUCUCUCUCUCUCUCUCUCUCUCUCUCUCUCUCUCUCUCUCUCUCUCUCUCUCUCCUCUCUCCUCUCUCCUCUCUCCUCUCUCCUCUCUCCUCUCUUCUCUGUCUCUGUCUCUCUCUCUCUCUCUGUCUCUCUCUCCUGCUCUCUUCUUUCUCUCCCUAUAUUUAGUAGUCCUUUAUUUUUGAUAGGAACUUGUCUCCUACCUUCUGGCCCACACUGCCAUGUCCAGGUUCCAGUACCCAAAGCCUCUAGAAGACCCCUUAUAUACCAAGACUUCCAUUGGUAAAAUGGCACCCUUUCUAUCCAGUGCUCUUUUAGGAACAAUUGUCUCUGACAUAGAGUUCAGGCCUUUCCCCACUCACUUCUCCACUUUGCUUCCUAAGAGCAAAAAAUAAAACAUCAGGCUACUCCAACCCCAAUCUGCCAUCACUUUAGCCCCUUGCCUCUAGAAAAGGGGGUGCAGGGGAGAAGGAAACAAGACACACAAAAUCUUACAACCAGUUUUUAUUGGGGAAGGGACACACAGCCCUGUUGAAGAACAAAUAUUAAGCACCUAUUAUGUGCAAGGCACAGUACUAGGCGCUAGAUAUAACAAAGAUAGAGACAAUGAUCCCUGCCUUCAAGGAGCUUACAGUCUAUACAGAAAGGGAAAUAUUUAGUGGACAUCCCUACUCCAUCCCUAAGCCUAAGGAGUCUCCACACCUGGAGGAGGAGGAUAGUGGGUGGGUCUUGUGGUCUCCUAGAUUUGCAGGAAGACAGAGGAACAGCUCUCUAGGCAUCUGUGGGAGCAGUUCCCAAGAUCCACCAGGAAGGACAAUACUGGGGUACAAAAGCCCUGGCCCCUCAUUGUUAGAUGAUCCUGGUCUGCUUCCCCUACCUGCUGCACCCCCAAAUCUGCCAAGGAAUAGAAGAGGAGGCUUUUUAGUCUCAAGUUGCAUUUUGCUUCUUUUCAUGGCCCCCUGCCCCCAUUCUCUUUCUCUCUGCGUUUAGCACAUUGUACUUGAAUUACCUCAGUUUUUUGUGACCUCAUGAGCUUUCCCCCCAUGUAUGUGUGGAUUUGUUUUUAUUGUGUGUGUGUGUUUUGUUUUUUUUUUUAGGGGCAGAAGGUGGUCUUUUUUCUUGUGUAAAGCUGUAAUUAUUUUUACAAACUUUGGCUGCGGAUCUUCCAUCUCCAUAGCACCUACAACUUAUCUCCUGCCCACCUUCCCCCCACCCCCAAGCCCCUGAAGGGGCCAAGGGAUGCAAUGCUCAGGAUGGGAGAGUAAAGGCCUAUUAACAUCAGGAGAGAGUGGGAGGACUCACAUGGGAGUCUCUGGGGGUUUAAAAUAGUCAACUCACCUACCGGCCUGGCCUUUAUGAGAAUGGCAGAGCUUCCAGAUGGUGAAACUGGGCCACCUGCAAGACCCAUCCACUUAAAUCAUGCCCCAGACUCUCUUAUAAAAGCCCAUCUUUCCACUACUUCAACUCAUUCAGGCUUCCAGGUCUGAAUUAUUCGGAUUAUUGUAGCUGUGUAGACACAGCCUCAUGUGUGCAUUAUCAUUACCAAAAUUGGUAUUUUUUUUCUGGGCCAGUCUGGUGGGAGACUUAGAUUUUGUUUUGGGGGGUUUGGUUUUGUUUCUUUUGUUUUUGGUUGGGGGAGGGAUUUUUUUUCUGAAAGCUACCUCUUAUGUUUGUUCAAUUCUUUCUGCUCCUUUCCCCAUCUUCCCCAUCUUGUUCUGCUUUCCUCACUCUCCCCCAAUUUUGAAAGCACAUUGGCAAUAUUUGUGUUUGCUUUGGGAUGAGCUGCUGUUUCAUCUCAGGCUUUAUUUGCAAUGGUUGUGUGUGUGUGUGUAUGUGUGUGUGUGCACGUGUGUAUGCACGCGUUUGUGUGUUAUGUGUCUUUCUCUGGGAAAGUUGUGGCUGCAUUUUAUCUAUGUUUUAAAGUGAUUUUUAAGGAAGAUGUAUGUGACGGGGAGGAUCAUGAAGAAUAAAGGGAAGUUGGAGGGAUGGAGUGCUGCUGUGAUCCCCCCAUCCCCCCUGCCUUUAUCCCUCCUACCACCCCAUUCAACCUCGUCCACCAAAUCUGAAGGCCUUAAAAACUAGGGGGACAGGAUUUGGAGGGUGGGGAGGAGUAAUCACAUGAUAAUACCAGUGGUCAGGGGCAGGGAGUAGAGACCAAGGGAGGAUGAUGUUUUGUAGUUAUUUUAAGAUUUAGUGUUUUCGGAAGGAAAAAUAAAAGAAGUUAAACUUGAAAAAUGUGACUAGGACAGAUGUUUGUUUAUAAUGUGAAAAGAGAGUGGUAUCAUUUUGGGGAGGGGCAGAUAAAUUUAUAAUGCACUAAAAGUUCCUCACCCCGGACCCCUCCCCUCUCCCUGGGAAGGGGGGGUACUAACUAGCCACUUGGUCUUACAGAUCCCAGAAAUGAAGAUUAAAAAAAAAAGAUAUCAGUUUUGUAGAGAAACAUUCAAUCUAUUCCGUAAGAUUAGCCUACUUUCCUCCUCUCCCCCCACCCCCAAUAUCUCUAAACCCUCCCCAUUCAACCUGGGUACCCCCUUCCCAGUUCAUAAAAGCUGAGAGGGUUGAGUUGAUAUUUACAAAGUGUAAUAUUUUUGUAAUAUUUGUUAAUUCCUUUGUCAGUUCUCAUAGAACCCUGCCCUUUCCUUUUGCAAUGUGAAUGGGGAAAAAGAAGAAAAAAAAUACCUGAAUGUGUGUGCGUGCUGCUGAAUGUGGGUGCUUUUUGUGUGUGCAGUUGUGUCUUGAAAUCAUGCAGUAUUGUAGUAAUUUGGUGUUGCAGAAUUGGAUGGUACUAAAUCAGAGCCAGCUGCCUCCCUGAUGCCCCCAGGGCUCUGCAAAUUCUGAGGGUUAGCCAGAAAGGGGUCAGAGUGAGCUGUGGGGUUUCACAAACAUGAUUGCAUAGGCCUGGCACUAUAUUCACCACCCAUGUAAACCCAGGCACAACUGGAGCUUGGAGGACAGUAGAAUCUAUUUCCUAAGUGUCCUAUUCUCUCCCAUUACCCUACAACUAAAAGGAAAAAAAAGAGAUCUGAAUUUGCCACUGCCUGGUUAGCUUUGAAGGUGGAAUGUAGGAGAAGCAGUAAGAAAUCACCAACUUCCCAUCUGUUUGUAGAACUAAAAGGACACAAACCUGGGCCUUUGAAUUUCAUAAGAGUGGAGGAGAAUUUAGGGCUAGGAUGGGGAAGAGAGUCUUGUCUCUCUUGCCAUUCAGUUCUCAAGAGUUUUAUUUUCUUUUUCCCACUAGUGCCCUCCCUCCCUUCCUCCUCUUUCUCCAGCUCUCCACCCUUUCUAUCCUCUCUUUCUCUCCCCCUACUUCCCUCCCUCCAUCCUUCCCUCUCUUUCCCUCUCCUCCUUCCCUCCCUCCUUCUUUCUCUUUUCUUCUCGUUCUCCUUCCUGCUCCCUACUCCACUCAACUUUGGUAUUGCUGACAGCCAGCCCCUGCUGGCUACUGCCUUACGCGUUGUAGUGAAGCUUUUCCAGUCAGAAAGCCAGAAAAGUUGUGAAAGAGUUCCCUCUAGCCUCACAGACUGUGAUUCUCUUGAUUCUCCUCAGUUACUUGUGGCAUUCCCCUCACAUUCAUGUGCUGCCUUUCCAUUUGCUCCCUUAAUCAUUUGAAGCAUUAAUAUCCUAUGUACAUAUAGGAUAGACAUAUAUAAAAUAUAUCUGUAUCUAACUAUAUGUGUACAUACAUAUAGAUAUCUAUAUAUAUGGAGAGAGAGAUAAAAAAAGUCAAACCCCUGCUGCUUUGUGUCGCCAAGGAUGUGGUAGUAAAAGUGGGGAAAUAAUUGUUGGGUAGCAAGGGGGCACAGUGGACUCCAUGAUUCAGUACAAUCCAAGGAUGUAACAUAGGCUUGUUUAAUCUUUGUGCCUGAACAGUUUUUUUUCAAUGUUUAGAAGAAAAGAAAAAAAAACUGCUGCAAUUCCUCACAAGUGUAUGGUACCUUUCUAGAACCCAUUGAUUGGUACAACCAGCUGCAGGGAUGUCCCAGGAGAGGGGAGGAGGACCAUGGGCUUGCUCCCUGUUUAGGGAGUGAGAAGUGGCCUUUGUUGAGCUCUAUCCUUGGGAAGAUUGGAACCAUGUUAUAAAGCCCUGAUGUAGGAGGAUCCAAAGGAACCAGGAUGUGAGUGAUCUGGGACAAAAAAAAUUUUUUUUAAACAAAUAAUUUUAGAAAAAGACCAAACUGUGCCCCAGAGGGAAAAGGUGUCAGAUCAGUUGGGAAUGUUGGGGUCUAUUUUCCCUGACCGAUUUUUGUCUCCCCAACUCCCUACUUCCUCCUUUCCUCCCUCCCUCCUGGACCUUCUACUGCCCUGAAGCUUCCAGGCACAGGGUGCCCAGUGGCAGAAGGGAGGCACUUAUAUCUGGAUAUUUCAGGAGAAAAAAACAACAAACAACACGCAAGGACAAACUCUGCUUUGGUGUGAAUGGUGGUGGUGAAGAAAUCUUGAGCGAGCCAGAAGAGGGGGAUAGAAGGAGAAACUGGAAGGUGGGAUGACGGGUAAGGGGGCAGGAAGAGAAUGGCUAAUAGGCCAGCUAGCAUGACACUGCCUCCCUCCCAGGCCACCCUGGGCCAUCCCACUGUGCAGACAGGGUACCAACCUCUUGGUGUCUAUCAUAGUGUUUGUUCACAUAGUGUUAUGCAUGAUCUUUUUAAGGUUAAGAAUCCAUGGUGGAACACCAUGGAAUCCUACCCAUAUAUAUAUAUAUAAAUAUAAAUAUAUAUGUAAAUUAUAGCACUGAGGGCCGCCGCCCUGCUGGACCAAGCAAAACUAAGCCUUUUGGUUUGGGUGUUUUUUGUUUUGUUCUGUUUUCAUUUUGUUGGGGUUUUUUUUGUUUUCGUUUUCAUGGCUUGUCUUAUGUCGCGACAGCACAAGUGCCAGUCCGAUUGCUCUGUAUUACAAAAUAGUGUUUUAAUUAAUUGAUGUUCUAGUUAAUGUCUACCUCAGCACCUCCUCUUAGCCUAAUUUUAGGAGGUUGCCCAAUUUUGUUUCUUCAAUUUUACUGGUUCCUUUUUUUUGUACAAAUCUGUCUUUCUCACCUCCCCUCUUUCUCCUCUUACCUCCUUUCCCUUCUCUAUCUCCCUCCUUCCUUCCUCCCCUUCCUCCCUUCCUUCCCUCCCUCCCUUCCUUCCCUUCUUCUCACCUGCCGCCUGCGUGCACCCCACCCCCCCACCCCCGCAGUCAGUCGUGUUUGCCAGUCCUCUCUGUCCUAGUACAGAAGCAGUUCGCGCUCGAAGUUGUGCGGUCCGGGUUGCAGCUUUCCGCAUCUGCCUUCGUUCCGUGUAGAUUGACGCGUUUCUUUGUAACUUCAGUGUUUCUGACAAGAGAAAAAAAAAGAAAAAAGAAAAAAAUGAAUUUACUGCUGCAGGUUUUUUUCUCUCUCCAUGUGUCACUAAGUGAAGUUUGUGCCUUCUAUAGCAAAGAGAAUAUUUUUUACAUCCUACUAACAGUAGAUUUUUUUGUAGUGAACAUUUUUUGUAUUUUUAUUUAUAAGUCUCAUAAGAAAAAUAGCAAUGUUCAGUUGUAUACCUUGAAUCUGCAGUUAGAAAAAGAAUAAAGUUAAUUCAGUUGUCUCUGG